AUGGACAUCAAAAAGCUUUUAGUGAUACGAGAUUCAAAUUUGCUGAUUCAUCAGGUGCAAGGAGAAUGGACCAUCAAGAAUGUUAAAAUCCUUCCUUAUGUGCAAUGUGUUAAGAAGAUGAGUAAAAGGUUUACGAAGAUUGAAUUCAAGCAUGUCCCUCGAAUUCAAAAUGAGUUUGCCGAUGCCUUGGCGACACUAUCCUCAAUGAUUCAGCAUCCAGAUAAGAAUUAUAUCGAUCCCAUCAAGGUGGAGAUACAUGAUCAACAAACAUACUGUUUCCAUGUAGAUAAAGAACCAAAUGAAAAGCCGUGGUACUAUGAGAGGUUACUUGAAGUAGGAGAAUAUCCAGAAGGCGCUACUGGUAUGCAGAAGAGAACUUUAAGAAGGAUGAACAAUCACUUUUUUCUCGAUGGGGAAAUCCUGUAUAGGAGGACUACAGACUUGGGAUUGUUAUGA